CCAACAUGGCGGCGCCCAGCCCCAGCACGUCCCGGCCGGCGCCCGCUUUCCCUUUCCCCUUCCCCGCCUCGACGGCCGGGGCUGAAAAACCCGCGGAGGGGCAGCCUCUGCCGGCCGCCGAACCGAAGAAGAAGAAGCCGCCCUGUCGGGCCUGCACGGACUUCAGGAGUUGGAUACGGGAUCAGAGGAAGCAGUCGGACCUGGAAACAGGAGCCACAGAGAAAGAGUUACCUCCUGAUUGCCCUUUAGAUAGAGAACAACUGGGGAGAAGUUCGUGGUCAUUUCUUCAUACGAUGGCAGCAUUUUACCCAGAUCGGCCCACUAAAACUGAGCAGAAAGACAUGGUUCAGUUCAUCCACUUAUUUGCCAAGUUUUUCCCUUGUGACGAAUGUGCGGAGGACCUGAGAAGCAGAAUACGAAGAAACCAUCCUGAUGCCAGCAACCGGCGUAAUUUGACACAGUGGUUCUGCCAGCUUCACAACGAGGUCAAUAAGAAGCUGGGGAAGCCUGAAUUUGACUGUUCCCUUAUAGAUCAGCGUUGGCGAGAUGGCUGGAAGGACGGGUCCUGCGAAUAGAUAUCCUAGCAGAUGCAAGAUUGGUCCACCUUGAUUAAAAGAAGCUAGAAAGAAAGAUAGAACUAUGAAAUCAAGCCUUGUAUGGACUUUUGCUGAAGCGUACAAUUGUGCUUUGGUAUUGAGGUUGUGGUGAUAUGGGAGGAGGAGGAGGAGGAAGAGGUGCUGCAGGUAUUAGAAUAGAUGUCGAUUGUUUCUGAUUCUUGAAAAAGUAACAAGAAGGUCCUGAAGUAAGCUAGUCUUAUGGGAAUUUUCUACCUGCUGGUUGUCUCCUUUUCCAGACCACGUAUUUACUAGCAAAUGCUGCCUUAAAUUUUUUAUCAGUACCGGUACUUUCUUCGUGGUAGGGAAAAACAUUUCUCCAGCCACUGAACUAGGCUGGGGGGGGGGGGGAAUGUUUUAGGACUUUUUUGCUACCCCCAGUUCUGCAAUCUGCCUUCAUUUUGUUUGUCUCUAUGAUCAGAUUUUACGUUGUGUCUUUUUUCUUCCCUUAUCCUUGUAAUCUGGAAUGGUUUAAAAAUUAUUUUAAAGAGAGUACAACAGUAAUUUAACUACUCUGGAGCUGCAGGGCUCCCUUUGUUCAAGGGAUACUAAAGCCAGCCUUUCCCAACUUUGUGCCCUUCAGCUGUUUAGGACUACAACUUCCAGUGUCCUCAGCACAGCCAUUCUGACUGGUGCCAGUGGGAAUUGUAGUGCAAAACAGCUGAAGGGCACCAGGUUGAGGAAGGCUGCCUUAUGUUUUCCACAGGUUAAUUAAGGUACAAAGAAACUUAGAGUUGUAGAAUCCCAGUAACUUCUCUUUUGCUGAAGUCCUAAAGCAGGGGAAAUAAAGUAAUUUCUGAGUGCAAGUCUAGGUCUCACAUUUCAGCUUUGUCAACAGAUAUUGUUCUUUGAUUUCUCUGUCUGGCAAGAGGGUAAUAUAAAUUAAAGGAAUGAUUAACCACAGGGAAAUUAGGAUUAUGUAACUCGUGAGAGGUGGGGUUCAUGAAGGUCAUAUUAGCCCCACAGCACUGGGAAGAGUCACUGAGCUUCCUUUCUCAAGGAAGGUUUUAUUAACUCAUCAGAACUUUGUGUGCGGGAAGUCAGGCAUUCUAUGAAAUUAUAAUAAGAAAUAGUUGUGCACUGAGCAUACGAAGGUAGAUAUGGACCAUUACGUCUUGUAGGAAUCUUUGUGUGAACAGCCUGUUGCCCGCAGUGGCAUUGGCAGUGGGAUGAAGACCUGGCAGUGAGUAUUUGAAGAUAUCAUUGGCCCUUGCAAACAGUUUACAUGGGUGGCAUUACUACUUUUACGCUGCAGAAAGUCCUGAGCUGUGAAUUGUACUUCAUCUGAUUUAGGGUAGAUUUUAACUUUUUACUCAAAAGUGAAAUUUAGAUAACUUGCACUUAAGCAACAAUUAUGUGAAGCUGUUGGCCUGAUUUAGAUGUAACCAUGGUUUGUUUACAUAUACAAGCUGGGUCAAGCCGUGAGCUUGCGUGUUCCACCUCCUCUUCUUCCUUCAAGCACAACAGGAAGAUGUUUGAGCCUUCCAUUUUCUCAUUUUGUCCAAAUAUGGGAAAGUGGUUUGAAGAAACCAUGGUUCAGUGUUCCUGGUUUGUUAACUGUCAAAUAAUAGUUUUUACGUAUAUCAUGGUUUGCUACUUGUGGUUCUGGAUACGUACACUUGCCUUCUCAUACAUCAUGAGCAACUUCAAUAGCCAUGUAUAUAGAAACAUCUAUGAGUGAGUUUCAUCACUGGAAACAAACAGGUAGCUCUUGGGCACCGUAUUAACAAAACCUACGCUUAUAUGACUGCAUAUGCCCCACCCCACCCUAGUAAAUCUAUUUAUGUCCAGGCCAUUUUAUAUGAAAAGAGUCUAGUAAUACCUUUACCUACAUAUAGGUUGCCUUGUUUGUACUAGAUUUCCUGGUCUGCUUUCAGGCUAACAUCACAAUAUAGAUCAAGAGACUUCUGGGCUUCGGCAGCCUUCACCAAUUUGGUUCCCUCCUGGUGUUUUGAACUUACAACUCCCAUCAGCUCUGAGACUGAUGUGAGUUGUAGUCCAAAAUGGCUGUGCCGGCUGGGGCUGAUGGAAGUUGUCAAAAACAUCAGGAAGAUGCCAGGUUUGUGGCAACUGGGCAAAGGGAUGCAAGGUUCUGGCCUGGAGAUGGGGCCUGUGCCAGUGAAAUGGCAGCCCCUAAACCAGGCAUCCCCAAACUUCAGCCCUCCAGAUGUUUUGGACUACAGUUCCCAUCUUCCCCGACCACUGGUCCUGUUAGCUAGGGAUCAUGGGAGUUGUAGGCCAAAACAUCUGGAGGGCCGCAAUUUGGGGAUGCUUGCCCUAAACUGACAGUCUUUCACCUUCAUCCACUGCGAGCCAAAUUGGAAUCCUGCAAUUUAUAGCAGGUGGACCAGGGAGAAUGGCAUGUAAGGUUAAUAGACUCUAGCCUGGCUUGGUGCAUUUUAAAACACUUUCAUGGUACCUAGGCAAGAAGGUGGCAAUCCCAUGUGGUGGUUGUAUGGCUAAAGGUUUUGUUGAAGGAAAAGUGAUGUUUUGUAUCUUGACUUAAAAGUUGAGCUGCUCUGUAUAAUUUAUUUUGAGGAAUUUCUGUUUAUUGGUAAAGAAUGUCCAUUAUCUAAAUGCACUUGAUGGCAGUUGGUAAAGUGUACCUCAAAAAUGUAUUUAUUCCUGGCUGGUGACCAAAUAAUAAAGUUAAGUAUUUCCUUUAUUCGUCCCUUCCAUUUUAAUUUUUAAAAAACAUUUUGUCCAUGCUGUAGGGCCUUAUUAUCCUGGGAAGGAGGGACAGAGAGAGAGAGAGUUGGUGGUGGUUUUAUUUUCUAUUUGCAAGCCAGAUUCAGAUAAUAAAUUACAUUUGCAGAGAGAUAAGUAAAACACAGAAUAGUUUGUAGGAAAAUAGUAUAACAUUCCAUAAUUCCUCAAACAAUGGCUAAGAAGGUAUUGGGUCUUAAAUGGUUUCUUUGUGCCUUUAACAGUUGUCUAGAAGGGAAAAUUUUAACAGGUGCAGCUUCUUGCAUCACAGUGAAACAGAUUGGGAAAACAGUGCUGCUCAAAUUCUCCUUUCCACCGAGCUCUUAAUCUUUCAUUACAGCGACCUAGAAGCAGACAGUUCACCAAUGUCAUUUUUCUCCACUAUCAUAGAAUCUUCUCACAUAAGCACAUCCACUUAAAAACAUCAACAGCUUCUUCUAGGAUUCUGCUGUAUUGAAUGAUAAAUUCAAAUCUAACCUAGAACCCUACAAAUUGAAGGUCUCUUGUUCUCACUGAUUCCUAGAAUGUGCCUUGUUUCAUCUUGUGCCUCAUCAGAGGUAGGGAUGGCCAUCAAUCAAUCAUUUGUAUGUUGCCUUUCCAAAGCUAAACCCGUGCUCAAAGUGACUUACAAGAUAUAAAAAUUACAUAACUAAAAGCACAACAAAAGUAGUCGAAAACAAAAAAUAAAAUAUCAAAAAGUAUACAAACAGAUUGGACAAUUUCCACAUAGAUCCCAAUAUCAAAAAGAAAGCUACGAAGAAUUAACAGCAACCCGUCCCAACAAAAUGCGGUAAAUAAUACCUCAGCACAGCAUUUCUUUCUUGCACAAGUUUCAUGGGGUUAGCUAAUAAUUGCCUCUUCAGAGCCUAGUAGGCAUUGUCUACAUCAGGCAUCCCCAAACUUCGGCCCUCCAGAUGUUUUGGACUACAAUUCCCAUCACCCCUGACCACUGGUCCUCUUAGCUAGGGAUCAUGGGAGUUGUAGGCCAAAACAUCUGGAGGGCCGCAGUUUGGGGAUUCCUGGUCUACAAUCUCAA